AUGCCUGGAAAGACUCUUCCAACGUUUACUGAGGCCGAGGUGCGAUCCCACAACUCCAGUAAAUCCUGUUUUGUGACAAUCGACCUGAAGGUUUACGAUGUGACCGAUUUCCUGGAGGGCCAUCCAGGAGGCGAGGAAUUGAUUUUGGAGUAUGCCGGAAAGGACGUUAGGGAUAUACUGAAGGAUGGGAACUCUCACGACCAUUCCGACUCUGCGUACGAGAUCUUGGACGAGUAUCAUAUCGGUUUUCUCACCAAUGGCACCUCCAAUGGAGCACAGGCCAAUGGGAACCCAAAGGCUGUCUAUGAGAGGACAGGCAUGGCACACGAGGACGAUCUUUCUGUUGAAACCGAUGUUGUGUCCGAUUACAAAACGCAUAAAUUUCUAGAUUUGUCAAGGCCUCUGUUUCCUCAGAUCUGGUUCGGGGGCUUCUCGAAGGAUUUUUACCUUGAUCAAGUCCAUCGCCCACGACACUACAGAGGCGGAAAAUCUGCACCCUUGUUCGGAAACUUUUUAGAACCUUUCUCUAAGACCCCGUGGUAUGUUAUACCUAUUUUGUGGGGGCCUUGCGUGGCAUAUGGUACUAUGAUAGGUGUUACUGGGUUGAAUAACAAUGUUGGCUCCGUCGGAUACUUCGUUCUGGGUUUAUGUGUGUGGACGUUGUUGGAAUAUGGAAUGCAUCGCUUCCUGUUCCAUAUCGAUAAAUGGCUCCCUGACAAUCGUGUCGGGAUUACUCUUCACUUCCUGCUACAUGGCAUUCAUCACUAUCUACCCAUGGACAAGUAUCGCUUAGUCAUGCCACCAGCAUUGUUUAUGCUACUUGCUGCUCCAUUCUGGAAAGUUGCGCAUGGAAUCCUCUUCUUUAACUGGUAUGCCGGAUUACUCGCGUACUGCGGAGGCGUCGCUGGGUAUAUCAUGUAUGACAUGACUCAUUAUUUCCUCCACCAUCGCAAUUUACCUGCAUAUUACAAGGGGCUCAAGAAGUACCAUCUUGAACAUCACUUCGCCGAUUAUGAGAAUGGAUUUGGCGUCACUAGCCGAUUCUGGGACCGUGUCUUUGGCACUGAGCUUGAACUACCACCUCCAAAGGUCAUCAAGACACAGUAG